AUGAGCCAUCUUUUCCCUCACAACUCCUCGGCCUUCCCCCUCAACAACCGCAGCUCGUCGCAGGAGCCUGGUUUCCCACAGCCGGCACAGAACCAUCCCAGAACACAGUUGACACAGAGCGGGCCGGCGUUGCCCCCAUUGUUCGGAUUCCCAACGACGUCAUCAUCCCAACAGCUGCCUCCCCUCCGGGCACUCAAUAGAAGUGCCCACGCACCGGCAGGGCCGCUGCCGCUUCCGCGCCGCUCACAGCAAACGCCUCCCUUUCCAAAUCAUCUACCCGCAUCGCACGCCUUGAACAACAACGCCUUACCGUUUGGUUUUCGCCUCGCCAACGACCGUCCACAGUCACCGCUGCACUCUGUCCUUGGCUCUCUCGACGAGAUUGGCCACGACCUCGACUAUGCAAAUUCGCACUUACGGGCUCUUUUGGACAUGCCAGCGCCUCCUGACCUACUAGAUCAGCUACCACCCUCACUCUCGUCAACUUUUCCGCACACGAUGGCAUCACGCGCCAGCGGACCAGCCGGCAGCCGCCGUGAACCCUCGCGCUCCGAGGACAGCGGCCGCCUCAACAAACGGCGCAAACUCGACACUGACAAGGCUGUUUCUUCACCGUUCAAGGGCUUCCGGUAUGGUCGAUACGGCCAAGUGGAGCCGGGUGCUCUCACGAUGGAGAUUGUUAGCUGCGACGGUGGCCUGUACUCCGACGGAUCGUCGUAUGCCGCGGAAAAUAUACUCAAGAACGACAACUCGGUGUAUUGCACAAAGGGAAACCGAUGCAAUAUUGUGUUGCAGCACCAAGGCAGCACCACCUUCAGCCUCAAGGAGCUGAUUAUUAAAGCACCCGGAAGAAACUACUCAUCACCCCGCGACGGAAAUGACCAUAACGGCAGCGUCAAUGAUACUCCCAUGGAGCAGAUUUACGACCUGGCCCCGGACGGCUCUGACCAUCGCCUAUCGUCGGCACAUGCUGGAUUUGAGUCAUUGUCAAACCAGCCGACUUUCCAUGUUCUCACCGAGUGCAGCGAUGACGAAGACGACGACAUGUCUGGUAGAUCGGGACGCGAUCGGGACGCCCCGGGUAUGGGCUGGCGCGGAAAUUCCGGCUGGAGUCCGACGCCGUUGCGCAACCGGGCUCGCAGACGACCACCCACCUAUGACGAUAGCACUCAUCCAAGUGCUCAUCUGACUUGGGAUAUAAACGCGAAUUUGGCAGACGACGAUGACGAUGACGACUACACGGAACUCUACGAUUUGGGCAACGCAACGAUUUCAUCACCCGAGUCUCCAUUAGACGAGGCUGACACGAGCCGGCCUCGCAUGGACCACAGCCGCGACCGCGCCAACACUGAUGACCGCAACGGCGAAUCUUCCGAGUUUUACCCGAGCACCGCAUUUUUCGAGGGCCGCAACAGAAAUAACAAUGACUCGAAUAGUGCCGGUACUGAUCUUACUUCGAGAAACGAACCGCCGUCUACUUUACAGCGCGCCGAGUUCCACAUUGAGAUGGAUAAGAACAAGUGUACAAUCCUGUUCGACCCCCCCGUGACCGCACGGUAUAUCCUGCUGAAGAUGUGGAACCCACGCCAGGACUCGGCCGGUAACAUCGACAUUCAGGGUGUCGUGGCUAAAGGCUUCGCCGGGCCGCGCUACUUCCCUGCGAUGGAGUUGCGUUAG